AUGGCCGCCACUCAGACCCUGCUCCUCCUUCCCCUGCUCCUGGCCUCAGCCUGGGCCCAGUGCCCGGCGCCGGCGGACCUGAAGAACGCGGACGGGAGCAAGAUCUGCGCCCAGCUCUACACCGACAGCAGCCCCUACUACGCCCAGUGCUGCGGGGGCAGCGUGCUGCAGGUACAGCCCGGCGACGACGUGCCCUACCUGACGCUGGCCUGGAUUAACAGGGUCUCCUCACUGGUGGUGGCACCACGCUGCGAACUCAACGUGUGGUCCAGGCUGGGGAAGGAAGGCUACACCCGCAAGUUCAACAGUGGGAUAGUGUAUCGGCUGGAGGAGCUCAAGAAGGGGCUCUUUGGGAACUGGGACAACUCCAUUUCUGCCUACUACUGCAAAUGCGCCUGAGGCAAGGCUGGGACAGAGGCAGCAAGACCAAGAACUGGCCCCCACUGACACCUGACCUUCCAUUGGGCCACGCCUGUAUCCCACUGCUAACACCA